GAAUUACAAAGGAGGCCGUCUGCCUCCUUUGUCCUGGAUUUGAGAGUUGAGCACCUUCGUCGCCAUUGGCUUUCCUCCCCCAGCUCCAGCCUCUCUCAUCUUGGGAAUCUGCGUCAGAAGUCACUCGCAGUCCCGUCAGCCCAGAAGACAUAAAGCAGGCUACCAGCAAUUUUGAGAACUUGCAAAAACAGCUUGCAAGGAAAAUGAAGCUUCCUAUUUUCAUAGCAGAUGCAUUCACAGCAAGAGCAUUUCGUGGGAAUCCUGCUGCUGUUUGCCUCCUAGAAAAUGAAUUGGAAGAAGACAUGCAUCAGAAAAUUGCAAGGGAGAUGAACCUCUCUGAAACUGCUUUUAUCCGAAAACUGCACCCGACAGACAACUUUGCACAAAGUUCCUGCUUUGGACUAAGAUGGUUUACACCGGCAAGUGAGGUUCCGCUCUGUGGCCACGCCACCCUGGCUUCUGCAGCUGUGCUGUUUUACAAAAUAAAAAACGUGAAUAGCACACUCACGUUUGUCACUCUGAGUGGAGAACUAAGGGCCAGACAAGCAGAGGAUGGCAUCGUCCUGGACUUGCCUCUUUAUCCAGUCUACCCCCAGGACUUCCAUGAAGUAGAGGACUUGAUAAAGACUGCCAUAGGCAACACACUGGUCCAGGACAUCUGUUAUUCUCCAGAUACCCGAAAGCUCCUCCUCCGCCUCAGUGACACUUACAACAGGUCAUUUCUGGAGAACCUGAAAGUGAACACGGAGAAUCUGCUGCAAGUUGAAAACACAGGGAAGGUGAAAGGGCUUAUUCUUACCCUUAAAGGAGAGCCUGGUGAGCAGAGCCAGUCGUUUGACUUUUACUCCAGAUAUUUUGCACCGUGGGUUGGUGUGGCUGAAGACCCGGUGACAGGGUCUGCACACGCUGUUCUCAGCAGCUACUGGUCCCAGCAGCUGGGGAAGAAAGAAAUGCAUGCGUUUCAGUGUUCCCAACGAGGAGGAGAGCUGGGAAUUUCACUUCGUCCAGAUGGAAGGGUUGACAUUAGAGGAGGUGCAGCUGUUGUUUUAGAGGGCACGCUGACAGCCUAGAGGUGCGCUGACUGCUGCUGUCUCUAAUCACCAAGUAUUUUCUGCGUAAAAAGAAAUGUAAGGGACUGCCAUUAGCAAAUGUGCAUAGUAGUCUACUUAAUCCUCAUGUUUAAAAUUGAAAAAUGGGCCAGGCACAGUGGCUCACGCCUGUAAUCCUAACACUUUGGGAGGCCGAGGUGGGCGGAUCACCUUAGGUCAGGGGUUCGAUACCAGCUGGCCAGAACAUGGUGAAACCCGUCUCUACUAAAAAUACAAAAUGAGCUGGGUGUGGUGCCGUAUGCCCCUGUAAUCCCAGGCUACUCGGGAGGCUGAGGCAAGGAGAAUCGCUUGAACCCAGGAGCAGAGAGUUGCAGUGAGCCAAGAUCGCACCACUGCACUCCAGCCUGGGCGACAGAGUGAGACUCCAUCCCCACAAAAAUAAAUAAAUAAAUAAAAAUAAAAAUUGAAAAAUGAAGACAUUUUAAUGGAGAUUUAAUAAUGCUUCCAGACUAAUGAACUAAUGGAGUUUUGGCUCCACUCAUGAGUGUAUUUGAAAUGUAAGUAACCAGCUACAAAGAAUAAUGUCUCUUCAUUUGAUUAUGACUACCAAUCAAGAGAAGGAGAAAUACAUUUCUGAGGAGUGAAGCUAAAUCAUUUGAACUUAAAUGAGUACCUGAUUUUGCAGCCAUUAAAAUGAAUCAAUAACUAUGUGGAAAUAAAGAAAAAAUAUUUUAUAAUAUAAUACUAAGAAAGAAAGAGGACAGUAGGCCAUAAAAUGUUAGCAAUGUUAUGCUAUGUCUAUGUAGAUAAGCAUGGGCCAUUAAAAAUAGCAAACUGGAAACAGUUCAUGUGUGGGGGGCAAGAUUGGAAGUAAUUUUAAUGUAUCUAAGAAGUGAUUUCCUUUAUUGUUGUACUCAUGUACAAAGACUAAAAAUCAGGACGAAUCCAGAAAAUAAAAACAAAACAGUAUUUAUUAGGCUACUUCCUGUCGUAGUGAAAUUAAACACUAAAAGUAAUGUAAUCUCAGCUGGGUGUGGCGGCUCAUGCCUGUAAUCCCAGCACUUUGGCAGGAUGAGGCAGGAGGAUCGUUUGAGCCAAGGAGUUCAAGACCAGCCUGGGCAACACAGCGAGACCCUGUUUCUAUUUUUAAAAAAAAGUAAUGUAAUUUCAAUCUUUUUCUUGAUAUAUGACUUGAGAAUGAUAUUGUAAAAGGAAUUCUUCUCUUCAAUAAAAUGGGUUUUAACAUAACUUUAAAUUCAGUUAAAUCUACAAUAUUGAACACCUAUAGUUGACUUAGGGAUGGGGACUUUUUCACAUCAUUAAGAGUGUUUGUUUAAGGUGAUCUCACUGAUGGUAGUUCUCAGCCAUCUCAAAAACUGCAAGCUAAUCAGUUAGACAUUCUUUAAUGACCCCAAUUUUUUCACUUUAAUUGCUACCAUGUUUUCUGUUUUUACUGAUUUUUGCUAAAGCAUGUAAGAGUGAAUUUAUUAUAGCAGUAAUCUUGUGUUUCUCCUGAUUUGCAAUAAAGUCAGUCGUUCACCAGC